AGGAAACUCCAUAGUUCAGACUAAGGCAUCAUAAAUCACAGGAGCAGCCAUCGACGGGGAACCGAAGGACAAUCUAAGAACUGAGAAUGAAGGUGGCUCCGAAGCUAAUAUUCCUUUUCCGCGACGACGAUGGAUUCGCCUCCACGAUCUCCAAUGCCCUACAACCGAGCCCUAACUCAUCUAUUCAAAGAUUUGAAGAGACGUUUGAACUGUCCUUGGAACGUUACGGUAUCAAGGAUCAUAAUGCUUCCGGCGAUGCCAUCCACUUUGUCGACGGAAAUGGCCAAUAUGAGGUCACUAUUUUACUUCUGAAAAAGUAUGAUCCUCCAGUUCUUGUGUGUGCUCUCAAUGAGGUUUUGGCAUCAAUAAAAGAUGAAAAGUCAUCAGUCUCUCCCACUAUUGUAUUGCCAAUAGUUGUUCCAUCAUCAAAUCUAAAAGUGGAAAAGAGAUCGACUCCAGCCAACCAUGUUUCGGUUUAUGGUUUGCAAGUGGGUGUAGAUACAGAAACAAUUCGGGCAGUUAUAGGCAAGACUGAGAAUCCCCCACCAUCAUUACAGGUCCAUCAUGAACAUUUGGCAUGCUUUCUUCAUCUGGUUCGUGCCUUGAAAUUUCCAUCAUGUGUCCUUAUUGGGCAGAGUGGUCAAAACAUGUCAAGUAACAAUUUGAAAGAAGAGAUCGAGAUGAUAUGCCAGAUGGGUGAGGUUUUGACAAGCAUUUCUCAGCUGUCUUUCCUUAGAGAGAAAGUGACAUGGAACCCAACUAAGACAUCAAAAGAGACAAAGGAGGCAUGGCGUGCAUUAUAUGGGUAAAUCCUUAAAUUUGUGCUCUUCUGAAGCUUACGAUGAGUCGUCACAUCCGGUAGGUUAUUAAGUCAAAAUUCGCUUUCAAAUAGGCUUGUUUGCUUCUUUGUUAUUAGCACUUCUGAUGAGCAAUGUGCCAGAAGGAAUACUUACUUGUUUUCAUUCUGAAUUUUGUUCAUUGCAUCAUAAAUUUAAGGAAAAUGGAGAUAUCUAAUGUUU